AUGUUUUAUUUCGGAGACCAUGUGUUGCCGUUAUUUGAGACCGGGAUUCCUCUUCUAAAGAAGCGUCUUCAUCAGCUUCCUGAUGCAGACAAGAUAGUUGUUGCGUUUCCGGAUGAUGGAGCUUGGAAACUAUUUCACAAAUUGUUGGAUCAUUUUCUGACGGUUAUCUGCACAAAGGUUCGUGAGGGCGACAAGAGGAUAGUUCGACUCAAGGAGGGAAAUCCUGCCGAUUGUCAUGUGAUCGUCGAUGACUUAGUGCAAUCUGGAGGCACCCUCAUUGCAAUCCAGAAAGUUCUGUUCGCUCAUGGAGCGGCAAAGGUGAGCGCGUACGUCACUCAUGUUGUUUUCCCGAAGCAUUCCUGGGAGCCGUUUACACGAAUGAGUGACGAAGGAACAGAUAAGGGAUUUGCCUACUUUUGGAUUACAGAUUCUUGUCCCAACACCGUGAAAUCCAUCGAAAAUAGAGCUCCUUUUGAAAUUCUGAGUCUUGCUGGAUCAAUUGCUGAUGCUCUACAAAUUUAA